AUGACGAGGAUCUCGCCGUGUCGACAUUGUUCUCCACUACUCCCUCCUCCACCUAUGUUCACCAUCGGUCCACCACCGCGUCUCUUAUCUAUUGAUAUUCGAUGUUCAUCGCGUUUCCUAUCACCUUCAUCGUCGACACAACAUCAAAAAUUGACUUAUUCAUCAUCAGCAACAUUAUUUUUAUCUGUUUCUCUGACAAUCAUGAUCGUUUUACUUAUCUUCUCCAGUACUAUUUGUCUUAUCAAAAAUCGAUUGAUCAAACGACGACAAGAACGUCAACAACGAUAUGUUCAAAGUUCGUCAGUGGACAGAUUCAAUGGACAUAAUCAUCGUCAUCAUCAUCAUAAUUGGACAAAAUUAAGUGAUAGCUGCAGUAGUGAUCAGACAUCGAGUACGCAUCCAAGCGAAUAUCCAUGCGCGGUUAUUGAACCACUUUUAGCAAACGAUCAUCCACAUGAAUACGAGCAAAUCAAAUACGAUAGUGCAUUACAGAACUAUUGUCUGAUUUAUUGUCGUCAAUGCGCAAGUUAUCAUCAUACAAAUCUCAUUCAGUCGACUUAUCAACAUCAAUGUACAUGUCAUCUUCGAACCGAUCAACAUCUGUAUGAAUUACAGCCGAUGAUACAGACAACGAAUAAGGAUUUCAAUUCUUCUUGA